AUGCGCGUUCCAGCUACCACCGCAGCGCUUUCGCUGCUUUUCAGCGCUGGCUAUCUUUCUCUCGUUGACGGUUGUCCAACGACUGAGACAGUCACGCUUUCAACUGUCACAAGUACCACCACGCUUCCUACCCAGACAGUUACGGGAGCGCCUGCGCCUACGGGUACCGGAACCAACCCUGGAGGCAAUGGCAACAACCCCGGCGGCAAUGGCAACAGCCCCGGGGGUAAUGGCAACAACCCCGGGGGUAAUGGCAACAACCCCGGUGGCAACGGCAACAACCCCGGAGGCAACGGCAACAAUCCCGGAGGCAACGGGGUCAAUCCCGGAGGCAACGGCAACAACCCUGGUGGUAACACCGGCGGUAACACUGGAGUAGAUUGCCACGUUUGCCAGACCGGAAACAAUCCCGGAGGCGAUAAUGGCAAUGGCUCCGGUAAUGGCAAUGGCAAUGGCAAUGGCAAUGGCAAUGGCAAUGGCAAUGGCAAUGGCAAUGGCAAUGGCAAUGGCAAUGGCAAUGGCAAUGGCAAUGGCAAUGGCAAUGGCAAUGGCAAUUGGAAUGGCAAUGGCAAUGGCAAUGGCAAUGGCAAUGGCAAUGGCAAUGGCAAUGGCAAUGGCAAUGGCAAUGGCAAUGGCAAUGGCAAUGGCAAUGGCAAUGGCAAUGGCAAUGGCAAUGGCAACGGAACUGGUUCCGGCAAUGGCUCUGGAAACGGUUCUGGCAAUGGAACUGGCAAUGGCAAUGGCAAUGGCUCUGGAAACGGUUCUGGAAAUGGAACUGGCAAUGGCAAUGGCAAUGGCAAUGGCUCUGGAAACGGUUCUGGAAAUGGUUCAGGCAAUGGUUCAGGCAAUGGUUCAGGCAAUGGUUCAGGCAAUGGUUCUGGCAAUGGCUCAGGCAAUGGUUCUGGCAAUGGCUCAGGCAACGGCUCUGGCAACGGCUCUGGCUCAGGCAAUGGCUCUGGAAACGGCUCAGGAAACGGCUCAGGAUCCGGGGCGACUUCUCCGUCUGCCUCUGGUUCUGGUUCGGGCAGUGGUGUCCCUACCGUUACUGGUUCGGGCGGCGUCCCCGUGGUUACCGGCAGCGCAGCACGCCAUCAAACCGCAGGCCUCUACUGCGUGCCACUGGCGCUGGCCGUCGCCACUUUGUUCUUCUCCUUGUAA